AGCCCAGUGAUGUGAGUGUGCAUCGCUGCGUUACGUUAAGUGCGUGUAUCAAAUCGGUCCAAUUGAAACUCUAACUGUCCUCAACAUCCGGGAGCAGCGGUCCACUGGUGGCGGGUUUGGAGAGGGUGUUGUCUCACUGCGUCCAUUCUGUGUGCUGAUGGACGUUCUGUCCCCGAUGUGUGAAGGUGUGAUGGCGGCGGUACGCUUGGACCCCAGCAUAGCUGACCUGUUGGCGCCCAGGACACGGAACACCACUGCUGCUGUGUCAGAGAGCGUCUCAGUGGCAACUGGGACCCUCUUAAUGCUCCUGUCUCUGCUUCUGGCUGCCUGGACUCACACGGAUAAGAGCUCUGUACCAGGUCCUUCCUUUUAUCUUGGUGUGGGUCCUCUCCUCUCAUACCUCAGGUUCAUAUGGACAGGUAUCGGCUCUGCCAGUAACUAUUACAACAGUAAAUAUGGGGACAUUGUCAGAGUCUGGAUCAACGGACAGGAGACAAUCAUACUCAGCAGCUGCUCUGCCGUGCAACACGUCCUGAAACAGGGCUGCUACGCCUCUCGGUUCGGCAGCAAGCAGGGUCUGAGCUGUGUGGGCAUGGACGAGAGAGGAAUCAUCUUCAACAGCAACAUGACUCUGUGGAAGAAGGUCCGCACUUACUUCACUAAAGCUCUAACAGGACCUGGGCUACAUAGGACAGUAGAGGUGUGUAUCUCCUCCACCAACACACACCUGGAUGAUCUCCAGGGCCUGGACCCACUCUUAGGUGGACAGGUGGAUGUCCUAAAUCUGCUAAGGUGUACAGUAGUGGACAUCUCAAACAGGUUGUUUCUUGGGGUUCCUCUCAAGGAGAAGGAGCUGCUGCAAAAGAUUCAGAAGUACUUUGACACAUGGCAGACGGUGCUGAUAAAACCCGAUAUCUACUUCAAGCUGGACUGGAUCCAGCAGAAAAACAGAAGAGCAGCUCAGGAGCUGCAGGAUGCUAUAGAGACUCUGGUUGAUCAGAAGAGACGUGCUCUACAAGAGGCAGACAAACUGGACUUCAUCAACUUCACAGCAGACCUUAUCUAUGCACAGAACAAUGGAGAGCUGUCUGCAGAGAAUGUGAGGCAGUGUGUGCUGGAGAUGCUAAUAGCAGCUCCAGACACUCUCUCUGUCAGUGUGUUCUUCAUGCUGCUACUGCUCAAACAGAACCCGGAAGUAGAACAACAGCUUCUAGAAGAGAUAUACACUGUUUUAGGUGGUAGAGAGCUCCAGAACUCUGACCUGCAGGACUUAAGGGUCCUGGAAAGCUUCAUCAACGAAUCCCUGAGGUUCCAUCCAGUGGUGGAUUUCACCAUGCGCCAGGCACUGUCUGAGGAUAUCAUCGAUGGCUACCGGGUGCCAAAGGGGACAAACAUAAUUCUGAACACGGGCCGCAUGCACAGAUCCGAGUUCUUCUUCAAGCCCAAUGAGUUUAGUAUGGACAACUUUAAGAAAAAUGUACCCAGUCGUUUCUUUCAGCCCUUCGGUUCGGGCCCUCGGUCCUGUGUUGGCAAACACAUCGCAAUGGUGAUGAUGAAAUCCAUCCUGGUAACAUUGUUGUCACGGUACUCCGUGUGUCCUCAUAACGGUAUGAGGCUGGACCGCCUCCCACAGACAAACAACCUAUCACAACAGCCAGUAGAGGAGGAGCCUCUCACCAUGAAAUUCCUCCCACGACAUCAGACCAAGAAGCAGUCCUUAGAGCACUGCUCAGACAAUCGAUUGCAGUCCCAUAUGGCCAUUAUGUAGUACUUUACCUUUCUGUAAAAAUCAUGGGUUAUGUAGGGAACAGGAUGCCAUUUGUGAUACAUGGGUUUGAGGGCUAAUCGCAAAUUAUGUUCCAAAUUCAUUUCUCAUAGACUGUAAAUAUGUUGUCUUUGUGUGUUUUGUUAUUGCGUGUUUUGUGAUAUUUGUAUUACAUAUUAGAAGCUGUUUUGUAACUUUUUCAAUGUUAAUGAGAUAUAAAGAUGUUUCAGGAGGACAUGUCUUCAUAACCCAUGAUACCGUAUUGUCAAUAAGAAAGAGCUUGUUG